AUAGCGUAACGAGAAGUGUUUUUUUUUUAAUUCGUAUUUAGUGCCGAACCGCCAUGCCUAACCACCGAAAUGCAUGCACAAUAUGUUUCCUUAUUCUAAUUUUUAUAACAUGUGCCAACGGUACGAGCUCAAACGAACGUGGCAGUCGCAGCAAAUCGGAAGAAGAGCAAAAAAAAACAAUAGAACGCGAACGCAAUUCUUCAGAUGAAGAUAAUUCAGACUCAGGUGUAGAUAGAUCUGAUGCCGAAGUGGACUCUGGGCCAAAAAUUACAAGAGGUAUAUUACGCGACCAAGUUGCCAAUGGGGAAGCUUCGGAUGAGCGACGCAAAAAACGUCAUGCAUUUUUUUACCGUGCCGAAAAACCAGUGCGCUGGGAAGAAUAGUUUGAAAACAAUAAUUUCAAUAUAGUAUGUUUGCGCAUUUGA